UGAUUAAAAAGGAUUUCACCAAUUACUCGUGUCUAGUAAUUGCUAUUCUAAGCCAUGGAAGUGCUCAUGACUCUGUUGCGGCUAGCGAUGGUGAAUACAAUGUUGAUGAAACAAUGCUACAUCCCAUAUUAGAUAUACCAAGUUUAAAGGAGAAGCCGAAAAUUUUCAUUAUACAAGCCUGCAAAGGUUCACUUGUACCAGGUGAAUAUAAGAAAGACGCUUCUAUGCCACGUGGAUCUCCCAGCGAAAUACUCAAAUGUUAUAGUACUUUUGAAGGUUAUGUCUCGUACCGCACCGAGAAAGGCAGUCCAUUUGUCCAAGCCUUAUGCGAUGAAAUAAAGCUUAAGGGACAAAGUACGGACAUUGAGCAACUUAUGAAGAACGCUAUAGAAGCUGUAAAGAUUCAAACACG